UGAUCUAAGGCUAAUUUCAAAUCCUUCAUCAUCGUCGCAAAUUCCUCCUCCGAUGCUUCAAAGUCAACAGCAACAAGUUCUCCAUUAGUAUCAUCAACCACACCAUGGAAGAUAGAUAGUUGGAGAACAAAAAAGGCACUGCAACUUCCUGCAUAUCCAGAUCAGAAUCAGCUUGAUGAAGUUCUUCAAACUCUUACAUCUUUUCCACCUAUUGUUUUCGCUGGUGAGGCUAGAAAUCUUGAGGAUAAACUCGCCCAAGCUUCAAUGGGCAACGCUUUUUUACUUAUGGGUGGUGAUUGUGCUGAGAGCUUUAAGGAGUUUAGUGCUAAUAAUAUUAGGGAUACUUUUCGUGUUAUUCUUCAAAUGGGUGUUGUUCUUAUGUUUGGUGCUCAAAUGCCUGUUAUCAAGGUGGGGAGAAUGGCGGGUCAGUUUGCAAAGCCGAGAUCAGAUUCAUUUGAGGAGAAAGAUGGUGUCAAGCUGCCGAGUUACAGGGGUGACAAUGUGAAUGGGGAUGCAUUUGAUGCAGUAUCUAGAACUCCAGAUCCACAGAGAAUGGUAAGAGCCUACUGCCAGUCUGUAGCUACUCUCAACCUCUUGCGGGCGUUUGCCACGGGAGGUUAUGCUGCCAUGCAAAGGGUCAACCAGUGGAAUCUUGAUUUCAUGGAACAAAGCGAACAAGGAGACAGGUACCGUGAAUUGGCGCAUCGAGUGGAUGAAGCUCUUGGCUUCAUGAGUUGCGCUGGACUUACAGCUGACCAUCCAAUCAUGACUACAACUGACUUUUGGACCUCCCAUGAGUGUUUGCUUCUCCCUUAUGAACAAGCACUUACUAGGGAGGAUUCUACUUCUGGGUUUCAUUAUGAUUGCUCAGCUCACAUGUUAUGGGUUGGGGAACGUACUCGUCAACUUGAUGGUGCUCAUGUUGAAUUCUUGAGAGGAAUUGCUAAUCCACUUGGCAUCAAGGUUAGUGAUAAGAUGGAUCCAAAUGAACUUGUUAAGCUGAUAGAUAUUCUGAACCCUAAAAACAAGUCUGGAAGAAUUACAGUAAUUGUAAGAAUGGGAGCUGAGAAUAUGCGAGUGAAGCUUCCGCAUCUUAUCAGGGCAGUUCGCAGCGCUGGUCAAAUUGUCACUUGGGUUAGUGAUCCCAUGCAUGGGAACACCAUUAAAGCUCCAUCUGGACUUAAAACCCGCUCUUUUGAUUCAAUAAGGGCUGAACUGAGGGCAUUCUUUGAUGUCCACGAGCAAGAAGGAAGCUACCCUGGAGGUGUUCAUUUGGAAAUGACCGGGCAGAAUGUGACAGAAUGUGUUGGAGGCUCACGGACUAUUACUUUCGAUGACUUGAGUUCACGCUACCACACUCACUGUGAUCCUAGGCUUAAUGCUUCUCAAUCUCUCGAGCUUGCAUUUGCUAUUGCAGAGAGAUUGCGUAAGAGAAGGCUUAAAUCAACUCCAUCUCUGUCUUCCUCAUUCACAAUUUAGAGAAAAGAGAUUCUUACGUUGCCCUUUGGAUCACAAAUAUUAGUGUAAGAUAUAUAUUUAAGUAUGCAAUGGACACAGACCAAAUCUGGUAGCACAACUUAAAUUGUGCUAUUUCAGUGUAGCUCUGUAGGUGUGAGUUUGUUCUUGCAAGUUUUGUACUUAAGUUGAUAGAUUUUGUGUCUGUGUUUGAGUAUUCAGUAAUGAAUAAAAAUUCUUAGAUAUAA